CACAACAACAAUUUCUGUUUUGAAAAAGCAAUGUAUGAAAUUUGUAGAAGUUUGAUCUACAUAAACUAGAUUUCAUGAUUAAGCACUUCCUUUUGGCCAUCAUUUUGUUUUGGACGGACGGAAUCUCGCCCAUGAAUGUUUGAACUUUGAAGUUGAGCUGAUAAAGCAUCCAUGGCGGGUCUACAUCCAUUGGCAUCAUCCCGCAUUUUCAAUUGCCCCAGGCUUUCUGUUUCCUAUAGCGCACACCGCUCAUCUCUACUCUCCGUAGCUCCGCCUCCGAGUAUUUCCAACAAUCUUCAACUCCGCUCGCAGCGGAGUCAGAGGAGAAGAGGCAGCUCGGUAGUGACGCGCGCCGGGACCAGCAACUACAUAUUUGCCUUUCUUUUCCCCAUGACCCUGCUUGCCGUCACCGUCCUCACUUCCAUCCGCAUCGCUGAUAAGCUCGAUCAGAAGUUCAUGGAAGAGGUACCAAUAAAAACUUUAUCGGAGCUUGUUAUAGAGCAGUCAAUAUUGGAAUCAGAGGAAGAUGAUGGUGAUGCUGCUGGAACUUCUCCAAAGGAAGAGACAGAAAGUUCAUGUAGACCUAAUCGGCCCAAACGACAAGCAGAUACUCCAUCCACAUAGGGCUUUUACCCUGUAUGGUGUUAAUAGGUGUGCAACCUUAAGGAAAGUAUUUUCAACGUAGGUAAAUUCUGGAGCUGGUUGUCUUGGAAUUUAUCUGUAAUAUUUGAUUUUAAUGGACGCUAAAACACUUCAUAAAUUAUUAUUUUGUGCCCCCCCCCCCCCCCCCCCCCCCGAAAUGAAUACAAACUUGCUGAACCUUGAUGAUGCAUUUGAGGAUCACUACAACCCCCAAGAACUUCGGGGAGUUCAGGUGAAUGUUGGGAUUUUGUGUUAAUACAUUUCUAUUAUUAUGGGUUAUGAAAAUGUAUUUGGACUGAUAUAUCCGAUGGAAUUUAUGGCAGUGAAAUUGAGCUACAAAUAUGCAAAGAAUAUAUACAAUGCAUUUUUUGUUUAUCAUAUAUAGUGUACUGCUUUGGUGUUU